GCAGUUAGUCUUUAUCUUCAGCUCUUAUAUUAAAUCAUUCAAAAUUAUAAACCCAGAAGCCAUGUCGUGCUCCAAAGUCCCAUUUCUUACUCUAAAUAACGGCGUCAAGAUGCCACAACUCGGGAUUGGUACGUAUAAAUCACACGCUGACGAAGCAGAUAAUGCAGUAAAACAUGCACUAAAGAUUGGUAUUCGUCUUAUUGACACAGCAUAUUUAUAUGAAAAUGAGAGUUACAUUGGUAAGGCGGUAAAGGAAAGCGGUGUACCUCGUGAAGAAAUAUUUAUAACCACCAAACUAUGGAAUACAUACCAUGGCUAUGAAAAUGCUCUUGCAGCAUUCGAACGCAGCUGUAUUGCUCUUGAUCUUGACUAUAUUGAUUUAUAUCUUAUUCAUUGGCCAGGGAAAGACAUGAACUCGUUAACUGAGACAUGGCGUGCGUUCGAGAAGCUCUACAAUGACAAAAAGGUGCGUGCCAUUGGCCUUUCCAAUUUCAAUAUUGAGCAUAUUGAACACAUCCUGUCGAUUUGCUCUGUCUCUCCAAUGGUGAAUCAAAUUGAGCUGCAUGUUUUGUUUCAGCAAACUAAACUGAGGAAAUAUUGCAAAGAAAAGAACAUUGUCAUAACGGGAUGGCGACCACUUGGCGAUGGAAAGUUUGCUUCCAACUCCACAAUCGUAGCGUUGGCUGAGAAAUAUCAUUGCACACCAGCCCAGAUUCUGAUCCGUUGGCAGCUGCAGUUGGGUAUUGUUGUGAUCCCUAAAUCUGUCAAACAGGAACGUAUUACCGAAAACUUUUGUGUGUUAGAUUUCGAAUUGGAUGAGUCGAGUAUAACUCUGUUGAAUUCCAUGGAUGAUGGACAACGUACCGGACCUGAUCCCUCCGUUUACUUUUAGAUUUAACUAUUUCGUUAAUGAAAUUUGUUGAAGAACAGACUUUAUUUUUCUAUGUGCGAAUGUACUAUAGAAUAUUUAACAAAUCCUAGGUCAAACUCAUUAAGAAAUUUAUUUUGAUGCAUCUUGACUUUAUACGCAGGUUAGGUAUAUACGCAUAAUUAAAUUUAAUCUACAAGCUAUAAUAUAUGAGAAGCGGGUCGUUAGGAAAAUUUUAUAUAUCAAAUAAGGUUCCAUAAUGUGGGGAAAAAUGAUUGACUUUGCAAGAAUGCAUCUUCGUGAUUUUUCUAUAUAUUGUUUAUGUUCUUCAUGAAAAGGAAUAACUAGUUGAACAACAAUACACUGGGGUUUCAUGCGA